AUGAUCAUGGACUUUUACCUCUACUGGUGUGUGCUGCUUCUUGCCAGCUUCACAUCCGCCUUCGUAGGCCAGAAUCUGAAGUUGGGCAACCAGAACCCGCCAUCGCUGGCCAACCUCGCUCCUCCGGUCCUCACAUCGACCAUAACCGUGACCCCAACCGUCACUCCCACAUCCUUGGUCCAAAACAUCUUGCCAACCACCAUCACCGUCACCUCAGGCGUCAGCAACAUUAUCCCCAACAUCCCAUCCACCUCAGCCGGCACUCAACAACAACCUCCUUCCCACGGACCCCCGUCUCCCGUUCAAAACGCCCUACCCAUCCCUUACAACUGCGCCAGCCCCGUGCCGGGCCUUUCCCCUCAGGACUGCACCUACCUUUCCACCAUCGGCAUCAUCUCGCAGGGACAAAACGCCCUUUCGGCCGCCUCAGGGACCGCAGGCAUCUACCUCGGCUCCACAGGGCCCAACACCUUCUCUUUCAUCAACGGGGCCUCGGUGCCGCUGAUCCUGGUAGUGUGGUACAACCCCGUAGAGGACGCACAAUCCUCGUUCAUGGACGCGCGCACGCCCAAGAUCACGUACUCGCUCCCCGCGCAGGGCAGCGCGGUGGUGGUGUCGAUUGAUAACGGCGUGCCCGGCGGCUGGUCGACACUGUACAACUACACGACGACGCUGACGGAGUACGGGCAGGUGAACAACACGUUUGGCGAGUUCAACACGGGCUCGUUCGCCACGACGGACGUGAGCCGGCUGGUGAAUAUGCAAGGUCAUCCGAUGACGGUGGUGGUCAGGGGAAGCGGGUGUCGGUCGGAUAUGCAGACUUGUGUGUAUAUGUGCGCUGAGCAGGGCGCGAUUACCUGCGGGAGGGAGAGGAGUUAUAGGCUGGAGAAUUGCCAGGGACAGCCGGGGGCGGUGGUAAGUAAUGACGCGGAUGGGAAUCCGUCGGGUGGGUGUCAGGGUUGGAGUUUUGGGGGGCAUGUGGAUGUUAUUUUCACUUGA